CAUUUAAAAAAGAAUGACAUGUUUUGACUUCAUAGGAGGUUUAAGAAAAUAAUUUUUUUUUGAAUUUUGUGAUCUUAAAUUAUAAUUAUGUUAAAUAUACCAAAAUGUUCUAAUCUUUUGAUAUUAAACAUGUCAAACGGAGUGUGGAAGUCGCUUUCAUACUUUUGCAGAGGACUGAUUCAGUGGAAACUCACUUGUAGAGCUCCUAUGCACAGGAUUCAGGGAUAAGCCCGACCACAUAGGCAUGCCAAUAAUAUGGUAAGGCAGCCCUUGUAACAGUAACCAUCUUUACUUUACCAGACAUGUUACACUGAUUAAGGAAGUUUCUGAUGCCCUUUGACAAUUCUGUAAGAAAGAGACAAGUGUACUAUUGGACAUUUAAUGUCCAGUUGCUUCUCUGCAAUUUCUUCUGUAGUGCGUAGGCUAUUCUACCUCAAGUUGAUUAUUUAUCACACUCUUCAAACUCAAACAAUCAGUGCUUCUUUCUACAACAAAAUGAACAUGUUGUUCUCUCACCUUUUCGUACUCUCAGUGUUUAUGUUUAUGGAUCACUUGAUCAUCUGUGCUGCAACCAACGUUCAUGAAAACGUUGCCAUUUCAUGUGGUGCCUCUGGCAAUUUCGCUGGAACAGAUGGACGAGUAUGGGUUGGAGAUGCAAGUUACAUUUCUUCACUGCUUCAGUUGAAGGGGAAAUCUCUUAAGUCAAGUGUGCCUCCUCCGUUUUCAGAUUCAGUUCCUUACAAAUCAGCUCGGACAUCCCGCCAUGAGUUUACUUACCAGUUCUCAGUGAAACCGGGACAGAAGUUCAUACGCAUGCACUUCAAGCCAGCUUCAUACAAAGGUUUCAAGAAGUCUAAAGCCAUUUUUACUGUCAAAACAGGCGAGCAUACCUUGCUUAGUGACUUCACCCCUACCCUUGCUGAGGGCAUGAGCUACUUCAAAAAGGAAUUUUGCAUCAAUGUACAAGAAGAUGAAACAUUGAGCAUAACAUUCAUACCAUCUCGAAAACCAGGCUUUGUAGAAGACACUUAUGCUUUCGUCAAUGGAAUCGAGGUUGUUUCCAUGCCUGCCGGUCUGUAUUUUACGCCAGAUGGUGAUGUGGGAGUAACUGUGGUUGGACGGAAGUACAGAUUCUACAUUGACAACAACACAGCACUAGAGACAAUUCAGCGAAUAAAUGUUGGCGGAAACUCUAUUUCAUCCUUGGAAGAUGCAGCCAUGUUCCGGGACUGGGAAGAUGACACUAACUACCUGAAAGAAGUCGGUGGCUUUUCAAUCAACAGAGCUGUUGCAAUCAGAUAUACAUACUCAGCAACUCACAUUGCACCGAAAGAAGUUUACCAAACGGCUAGGACAGUGGGUGCACGCUGCCAUUCAAAUGUUUGUAAGCUCACAUGGGACGUUCCACUUGAUUUGGGAUUCAGAUACCUUGUUAGGCUCCACUUUUGUGAAAUCGAACCUGCGAUGACAAAGGAAGGUCAACGGAAUUUCACUAUUGUCAUAAACAACCAGAAAGCUGAAGAGGAGGCUGAUGUGAUCAAAUGGAGUGGGGGACAUGGAAUUUCUGUAUACAAGGACUAUGUUGCCAUUAUGGAGGGUGAUAGAAGGGAAGGUAAGCACAAACUUUCUAUAGUUUUGCAGCCGAAUUUCGCUACAAUCAGUAAACGCAGUAACGCAAUCUUGAAUGGGAUAGAAGUAUUCAAGAUAAGCAACCCCGACAACAAUCUUGGCGGUGUGAGCCCUGUGCAUCCUACUACCAGUUCAACACCAGCGAAAUCGAAAUCCGUGCUGUUUGCUACAAAAAAUAAAAUUGCAACUGUACUGACAUUUGUAGUCACUUUGAUCAAUGUUGCUCUUUAUUACAUUAGGUGUAAUUCAGAGAUUAACUCUGGCAAGACGAAUAACAAACUAUCUUUUAGAGAGCAUCAGUGUCGUCAGUUCUCAUUGGAUGAGAUGGUUAGAUCAACCAACAAUUUUGAUCCUCAGCUUGUCAUUGGAAGCGGUGGAUUUGGCACAGUAUACAAGGGGGAUAUUGAUGGCGGAGAGACCGCUGUAGCAGUUAAGCGACUGAAGCCAGGAUCUAGACAAGGGGAGAAUGAGUUUUGGGCUGAAAUCAAAAUGUUACCUAUCCACUGCCACGAGAACCUUCUAUCCCUAAUUGGUUACUGCAAGGAAGGUGAUGAGAUGUUAUUAGUUUAUGAAUACAUGAGUCGAGGAACACUUGCCGAGCACCUCCACAAAAUGAACAGAAGUGGUCAUAAGAACUCCUCUCUCUCUUGGGAACAACGGCUCAAAAUUGCUAUAGGUGCUGCACGUGGAUUGGAUUUCCUUCAUACAUCUCAAGAUAGGGUGAUACAUCGUGAUGUUAAAAGCUCAAACAUUCUGUUGGAUGAAAACUGGGGGAGUAAGAUUUCAGAUUUUGGUUUGUCCAAAAUGGGACCUGGAAAUGAAUCAGCUACUCAUGUUAUUACAGAAGUUAAAGGCACAUUUGGGUACCUCGAUCCUGAGUACUUCCUGACUAAAAGAUUGACAUGGAAAACUGAUGUAUACGCUUUUGGAGUAGUACUAUUUGAACUACUCUCAGGAAGGGCGGCAGUUGAUAUGCAACUGCCUGAGGAGCAACACGCACUUGCAGCAUGGGCUAAGCAAUGCAUCGUGGAAGAACAAGUUCAUAAGCUUAUUGACCAGAAUCUGGCGGGGCCUAUCUCAUCAACUAGUUUGAAGGCGUUUGUAGGAACUGCAGCGAAAUGCUUGGAUGAUCAUCCACAUGAACGGCCUCCAAUGUCGAAAGUAGUGAAAAGCCUGGAAUUAGCAUUAGUUUUUCAGCAGAGUGCAGGUGAAGGCAUCAUUUCAUUUGAUGACACAUCAACAUCUCAUUCAAAGGUUGGAGCGGAAAGGGCAUCAUCCAUCAAAGAGGGUCGUAAUGGCAUUGACAUAACGAAAAGGAAAGCCAUUCCAAUGAAAAAGGUAAAAUCUAAGGAUAGAAGUCUCGAUAUCGCCUCACCAAGAUGGCGGGAUUUUCUUGGUCUUUUUCCAAAAGCACCGCCAAAGCCAAAACCUUCACCAACACAGCCACAAGGACUUCACCACUUCUCCCUCUUUAAGAUGCUAAAGGCUACAAAAGAUUUCCAUGAGAGCCUGAGAAUAGGUUAUCUAGGAGCUGACAACGCAUAUGUAGGCGUCAUAAAUGGUCAAAACGUUGCCGUCAGACGGUCACAUACUGCACAGUCAAGACUUCACAUGGUUAGUGAGUUGCAAGCUAAAACAACAAUGACUCCCUUGCCCAGCCAUGUGAACAUGGUGUCUCUGAUUGGAUUUUGCAGAAAUUAUACAGAAAUGAUCCUUGUCUAUGAUUAUGCAGCUGGAGGGACCGUGCACGAUUAUCUCCGUGACCCUGAUAAGAAUCCUCUCCGAUGGAAGCAAAGGCUUGAGAUCUGCAUUGGUGCUGCAGAGGGUUUGAACUAUCUUCGGUCCAUACUGAAGAUAACAAUUCUCCAUCGCAUUUUCGACUCCUCCUAUAUUUGGUUGGAUGAGAAUUGUGUAGCCAAAGUUUCAGAGGUUAGCUGGUCAAAAACACGAGGGAUCAAUAAGGCGGGGGCAGUUCCUGAAGGCGGAUAUUUGGAUUCAGACUGCUUACGAGAUGAAAGAUUGACAGAAAAAUCAUAUGUAUACUCAUUCGGCUUGGUGUUGUUCGAAAUGCUAUGUGCCAAUGAAGCAUUGAACCAUUGGCUGAAUGAGGGACAAAUCAGUCUAGCCCAAUGGAUUAAAACAUCUUUUAUGACCGCGACUGCCCAUUGCAUUCACCCAUGCUUGGUUGGAAGAAUAUCACCUGACUGCUUUGCGCUGUUUGUAAAUACUGCACUUAAUUGCCUGCAUGACGAGGGUAUCAAACGACCAUCAAUGAGUGAUAUAAUCACAAGUCUCAAGGAAGCACUCAAUCUGCAAGAGGCGUACAAGAUUACUUAGAAACUGUUGUUUUCGUGCUAAUGUCUUUCAGAUUAUUCUACCAAGUCGGGCAGAGAGGUGAAUCGUGUGAAUCAAGGAUCUGUACUAAUCAAAAAUAAUGUUGCAUAAUAUAUGUCUUUUCUUUCCAAACGCUAACAUAUAAUGCUUGUUCAACUUUUCAACCUCGUUAAGAAUACACUAUUAUGUGUGUCAA